UUUUAAUUUGUCGAUUUGUGUAUCUAUAAUGAUGUUUAUAUAAAAUGAAACGUUACUGUAAAUUAACGCUCAUUAUUCCAAUCCUUUUGCUUACACUUUCCAGUGUUGGCCGUGUAAACUCUUUAUCCUUUCCUUCAUUCUCAGAGCUUAAAGAUAGGUUUUUUAGCCAGUCAAAUGAUGAUAGGCCAGAACCUACAACGAGUUUUCAAUAUAGAAAACCGCAAUCUGAUGUAACAAACCCACUAGAAAGCCUAGGCGGAAUAAAACCCUCAAAAAUUUGGAAAAUAUUCUCAAAGAUCUCAGAACCACUCUCAAAGGAGUUUCCAAGAAAUUUUAGAAGAAAUUACGCCUAUUUCUUGGUUCUGGUUGCUUUAUUAGGUCUUUAUGCAUAUUAUGGAUACGAUCGUAACAAAAAAUGGGCAGAACAACUGUGUAACACAGCCUUACCGGUGUUAGAAGAGAACUUUGAAUAUAUAGAGCGUGACCAGACCGCUCUGAUUGAGAAAGGAUGGCAUGAAUUUGAGAUGUAUGCAUCCGGAAGAACAAGUUGUAACUGGCUAUUGAUUAACUUUCAAUUUGUAAAGAGACAGUGCUUCUGGCACGAAAAUGUCAUUAGAUUCUUUCAUACAGCAAAGGACACUGUUACUUUUGAUGUAAGAUUUGAAUCUCUGGAUCAAUUGUUAUUCGCAGUUUGUAGAAAAGUUAAAAAUAAAUUGUUUAUUUCACAAUAUCCUCAUUUGUUGUUGUUCUCCCACUUAUAUGAAAGUAAAGACCUACCUGACUGUUUUAGAGGAUAUGUUAGUUCAAAUGAUAAGGCUAUGGUUCAGUUUGCAAAUCAUGUUUUGCACCUGUUUGAGCCAUUUUACAACUACUUGGAGUAUUUUUACUUGUCUGAUGUGGUACCGGGAGACGCACAAUUAGUAAAAAGUCCCACUCUCUCGUGUUGCUUUACUUUAUGUAAAAAAUCCGGCUACUUUCAAAAUCUGAUUAAAGCCGUGGUAAACCUGGUUGACUACUCCAAGAACUUCUCGCUCCCAUCAAAACUAAGAGAAGCUGUGAUAAAAGAGAGGUCUGAAUCUGAAUUUGCAUAUAAUAAGAUGGCCAGAGCAUACAGAACCGAAUCAAGCGGAGAAGAGUCAGAGAUUAGCGUCGAAAAGGCCAAGAAAUUAGAAGAAAAAAUGGCAAGGAAGAACAAGCCUUCCACCAAUAUAAGAAUAAGAAGAGUUAAAUAA